AUGGCGCCUCGCCAAACCGUUCUCCCACUCGCUUACCGAACCUUCUUUCUCAUCAUCGAACCGAUAUCCGCGCUUGUCGGCGCGUUUUACGCACAUUUUCGGCAAAAUGAGUACCUCGCCAUGACAGCACAUUCCUCAUUCGUACGGGUCCCGCUUGGAACAUCAAUUGUCAUGUCACAACUCGCCAACCUAUACCUGUUAUUCGCGCUCAACGAAGCCUUAGUGUUGCGGUCCACGGGCGAUCUCCGGGUCUGGAAUACAGUGCUGUUCGUACUACUAAUCGCCGACUUUGGACACCUAUAUUCGGUAUCCAGUCUUGGGUUGUGGGUCUAUGGGGAUGUGUCGCAGUGGAAUGCCAUCGAUUGGGGGAACGUGCCAUUCGUGUACCUGGGUGCGACGAUGAGAAUUGCUUUUCUCGCUGGAGUUGGGUUGGGACCGCAAUCCAAGAGCAAGAAAUAG